AUGCCCGUUGGAGAACCCAACAAUAUCGAAAAGCAACAAUAUCCGCCUUAUCGAUAUCCAAGAACUGAGGGUCAUAGAUGCUUCUCAGACCGAACGAUAUGCAGCAUUGUCUUACGUGUGGGGACCGACCACAGCCCCGAUGCUGACACGAGACACCCUGAUGCUGUACACAUCGUUCUACGGCCUAAAGCAGUGCUCGAUCCCCCGGUCCAUAUCAGACGCGAUGCAGCUUCUUAG